AUGGCAAGCGACGGCAACGUCAACAACUCACCAUAUUCUCCGAUUCUCGAGACAAGCCGGAUCUUCUCCGAGCUGUGUGAUCAAUCCGAGCGUCUCAACUUGCCGCCAGAGGUGCAGGCAAGCAAAGACCGGGUGUCAUUCUCCACUAGCCACAAUGAGAUCUACUUCCCGAUCCCGUUCAAGGAAUCCGAGACCCUGGCGGCGCUGAAGGGCGUCGAGGGUUCUGUGGCUGCUGCUAUCGCGGACCUCCGCUUCGGACGGGGUGCAUCGCCGCGCAGUGUCCAGGUGAGCCUGGAGGGCGCGACGGCGUUCGGGUGCCAGGCGUACAUGGCCAAAGUGGAUGGGUUGUCGAAGCUGGAUUCGGCUGUGAAGGCGAAGUUGAAGGAUACGGAUUUGUUGGCUGCCCAAUCAAAUGGCUACCGUCGUAUGUCGGCCAAUUUGUACAAGACAAAGAACCCCGGCGAGUUCUUCCAUAUUCAUGGCUCGUUGGAGGCCACGUCGACAUUCAAUAUGAUUGGACUCGAGGGCCACCGUCCGGAUCUGACGGACUACGAGGAGGUCAUUAAGGUGAUUGAGAGUCGUGUGCAGAAAUACUCUGCCGCCGAACUGGAAGAAAUGAACAAGGAGCGGCGGCAGGCGGGUGUGACGGCCUUGAAACAUGAAGACUUUAUCAAGACGCCUCACGGAAGACUAAACGUCGAAGAGCCAGCGUGGAAAGUUACUCGACUACCCGGGGAUCUCCCUCCAACACCAUUCCCGACAAACCGCAGCGGGAGCACCAAAAUUCUUGAAGGCGUCAAAGUGCUAGAGCUGUGCCGCAUCAUUGCCGGCCCGACCAUCACACGGAUUCUGGCCGAGUAUGGCGCAGACGUUCUCAAAAUCACUAGUCCGCACCUGUCGGAUGUGCCGUUCUUCCAGGUCGACGGCAACAUGGGCAAGCAUGCCGCAGACCUCGAUUUGAAAAGCGAACCCAAACGACAAGAGUUCGAGAAGCUGUUGGCUGAGGCGGAUGUUAUUGUUGACGGGUACCGUCCAGGAGCGCUAGAGAAGCUUGGCUACGGUCCGCAGGCCAUGGCGGCGCUGGCAGAAAAGCGCGGCAAGGGCAUUGUCUAUGUGAAUGAGAACUGUUUCGGGUAUGAAGGCGAGUGGGCGGACCGCGCGGGAUGGCAGCAGAUUGCAGAUUGCAAGACUAUGAUUCUUAAAGAAGCUAACACAUGGAAAGGUCACCGGAAUCGCAUGGGCCCAAGGCCAAUUCAUGGGCCGCUCGACCCCAGUCGUUCCCCCUUCCCAAUCUCCGACUACGGCACCGGCUGCAUGGGCGCCAUCGCCGCCCUAAGCGGGCUCUACCACCGAGCCAAAACCGGCGGCUCCUACCACGGCACGGCAUCAUUGAUGCAUUACGACCUCCUCCUGUUCGCCGUGGGCCAGUACCCACCCGCCGUGCAGGAGGAGCUGCGCGCCGCUCAGCCACCAGAGUUCUUUCAGCUGCGCCACUGCGACAGCGUCGACCGCAUCUCGUCCACCGUCUUGAAGAGCAUGCAGGCCCGCUUCCCGCACCUGUACACUCCGGCCGGCGUCGGGUCCGGGGACGGGCGCCAGCCGCUGACGGAGCGCUGGUUCUCGCAUGCUUACAAUGCUGAUGUUGAGGUUGUGCGGCCCGUGGCUGUUGUUGAGGGGGUAGAGAAUCGGUUUGUGCGGGCUAGUCGCCCGAAUGGUGCGGAUCGGGCGUCGUGGGAGGGUUUCCGGGCUGAGGAGGGGGAUGUUAGGAAGUGCUAG